CGGCUCACUCCUUUGUAUUACGUUUUGCUACGUGAUCCUCAGGGAGCGCGGGACGGGACUGUUGUUUUGGUUGUACAUCGUCGUUAACGGUAUUUCAAGCAUGGAGGACAGUACGGAAUCGUACAAAGUGAAAGGAGAGAGGACGAGAGACAAACAAGCAGUUUUCGAGAGCUCAGACAGUGACAUGGGACUCUGCGGCUGGUUCCUGGUGCUGUUCUCCAUCCUCCUGACCAUCCUCACUCUGCCCAUCUCCAUAUGGAUGUGCAUUAAGAUAGUCAAGGAGUACGAACGAGCCAUAAUCUUUCGCCUCGGCCGUAUUUUGCGAGGAGGAGCCAAAGGACCAGGUCUUUUCUUUAUACUGCCCUGUACUGACAGCUUCGUUAACGUGGACAUGCGCACCAUUACGUUCGACAUCCCCCCCCAGGAGGUUCUCACUAAAGACUCUGUGACAGUGAGUGUGGAUGGUGUGGUGUAUUACCGCGUGCAGAACGCCACUCUGGCUGUGGCCAACAUCACCAACGCAGAUGCUGCCACUCGCCUCCUGGCACAGACCACUCUCAGGAACGUCCUGGGCACCAAGAACUUGUCUGAGAUCCUGUCUGACCGUGAAGAGAUUGCCCACAGCAUGCAGUCCACUCUGGAUGAUGCAACUGAUGACUGGGGCAUUAAAGUGGAGCGGGUGGAGAUUAAAGACGUUAAACUGCCCCUACAGCUCCAGAGAGCUAUGGCUGCUGAGGCCGAGGCUACGAGGGAGGCCAGAGCUAAAGUGAUUGCGGCUGAGGGCGAGAUGAACGCGUCUCGAGCGCUGAAGGAAGCCUCUCUGGUCAUCGCCGAGUCUCCGUCUGCGCUGCAGCUGCGCUACCUGCAGACCCUCAACACCAUUGCCGCCGAGAAGAACUCCACCAUCAUCUUCCCGCUGCCGAUCGACAUAAUGCAGUCGUUCAUGAAGCACUGAGCUAUGAACACGUUUUACACACACACACACACACACACACAGAUUUUUGCUGUACUGUAGUGAUGUUUUUAUCACACUGAGUCAGCGCUAAUCUGACAGCAGCAUCAUUGAUAAUGUUUCUGUUAGGGCUGGCGAUACGGUAAAAGAUAUCGUAUCACGAUACAUACAUACAUACGUAUUGUAUAAAUUUAGUUUCACCCUGAAAUAUGUAAGAACUAAACACUUCCCCUCAAAUCAGCUGCUUUCUGAGUUUGUAAUUGUUCUAAAGUCCUAAUGAUAUCACAAAGCCGAGGUGGUUAGUGACUAAACUGAUCACGGGAUCGAUAUUAUAUCCCGUAACGCAGCCCUAACUUCUCCGUGCCUACUCCAUUCUGUGACAGAGCUGCUAUAACAACCAUAUCUACCCUUCUUAAGCCUUAAACAUCAACUCCUCAUAAAGCAACACGAAGUUCAUGUGUAGCGUUUCAUGGUUAACUGAUCUACUUCAAGUUUCCUAAUAUCUACUCAGUAUUUUUCUAACAUAUUUAAGCAUGAAAAUGAUAUUCUAUAUAAAUAUACAUUAUAAGUAGUGAUAAGUAGCUCUAUGCCAAUGCUUUGCCUAUAGUUUAGAUUUUAAUCAGCUUUGCAGUGUGUUUAUUCGCUUUAUUCUUGCGCACCCUACUCUUACGCAUUUGGUCGUUUUUUGGGAUUAGGAAGGAAUACGGCUCAGCUGUUCAGAACGCAUCUCAUACACAUUGCUGCCAUUUUGUAUUCCAUCCCUCUUCCUGUCUCAGAUGUGCCAUAUUCAUUGUCCAGUGUCAUCUUGCUUGUCUUUUUUUCUAAAUUUACACGCACUGAAAGUUUUUUGUAUUGUGUUCUUAAUCUUAAAUGCACAUACAUGUAAUCAUAUCAAAGUCAUUUAUUUCU